AAUGAAGGCUGCCAGGUGAAGAACACGAAAAAGCAUGCACACGCCCCUAUCCAUUUAUUCUUUCCUCUGCUGUUCUUCAUCUCCCUUAAUUUUCUAUAUAUAAGCAACCUCUUCCCACCCCCUCUCUUCCCUGCAUUCUAUCCCUUCUCUUUAAUUCCGAACUCACACACACACAUUUAUAAAUAUAUAGAUAUAUAUUCUCCAAAUCCCCACCGGCCCAGUUCAUCCCCUCGUUAAGUUUUUCAAUACCCAUCCUAAUUGCAUUUUCCAUCUUCAGGGAAUUAAUAUAUAAGUUUAGAAAUGAGCAGGCCGGGAGAUUGGAACUGCAGGUCGUGCCAGCACCUUAACUUCCAACGGCGGGAUUCGUGCCAGCGGUGCGGCGAACCGAGAUCCGGCGGCAUGGACUUCGGGGGAUUCGGCGGGCGGAGCUUCGGAAGCACCGGCUCCGACGUCCGCCCCGGCGAUUGGUACUGCUCCGCCGGAGGCUGUGGGACCCACAACUUCGCUAGCCGCUCCAGCUGCUUCAAAUGCGGUGCCUUCAAGGAUGAGCCCGCCGGCGGGUAUGACUGUGACCUUCCCCGCUUUAGGGGCUUCGGAGGCGGCGCUGGAGCAGGCGGUAGCCGCUCUAGCUGGAAAUCUGGAGACUGGAUUUGCAGCAGGUCAGGAUGCAAUGAACACAACUUUGCUAGCAGAAUGGAGUGCUUCAGAUGCAAUGCCCCACGGGAGUCCAACAGCAAAUCUUCAUACUAGAGAGUCUAGCUAGACUUUUAAUUUCCAUUUUUGGGUAUUGCAGCCAAUGAAGAUAAUAGAGGAACCCCAAAUCACAAAAUUUCUCUAGCUAGCGAGUUUUUCUUCUUUCUUUAUUUUGUCGUUGGAGUUUGGAUGAUGAAGUUAUAAUAUUAAUGAUCCAUGGAUCAGCAUUUUGUUGGGUUCCCCUAUAGCUAGCAAGUAUAGCAGUGUUAGUUGGAUCAGUCUGAGUUCUCGUGUUCUCUUCAAUUUAUCUACUGGUUAUUGUCGUUGUGUUCAGAGAGUUUAUUUGUUGUUUGGUACUGCGUGAUUUUCUUCAAUGGAGAUGAUUUAAUUUUUCA